GCGCUCGAUGGUGCUGCUGAAGUUUCCAAGAUGUCGUCGCUGGAGCAGAGACUCUCCCGAAUCGAGGAGAAACUCAAGCAGGAAAAUAAAGAAGCUCGCAAACGAAUCGACCUGAACAUCGACGUGAGCCCGCACCGGUCGCGUCCCAGGCCAAUCAUCGUGAUCCAGCUAAGUCCAGCUCCAGCCCCCUCCCAACGCGCAGCUCUGCAGUUACCGCUGGCCAAUGAUGGAAGUCGCUCAUCCUCCUCAGAAAGUUCUCCUCAACACCCCUCGUACCCCAGCAGACCCCGACAAAUGCUCACGCUUCCCACCCCACCAUACUGCCUACAGAAGAGCCUUGAAAAUGCUGAAAUCGAUCAGAAGCUGCAGGAGAUAAUGAAACAAACUGGUUACCUGAAGAUUGACGGACAGCGUUACCCAGCAGAGGUGACGGAUCUGAUCAGUGAGGGCGAGAUCGGCAGUGGAACCUGUGGGCAGGUCUUCAAAGUUCGCUUUAAAAAGACUGCCCAUGUCAUCGCUGUCAAGCAAAUGAGAAGGACGGGUAAUAAAGACGAGAAUAAGAGAAUCCUCAUGGAUCUUGAUGUUGUAUUAAAGAGUCAUGACUGUCCAUACAUCAUCCAGUGUUAUGGAGCUAUAGUCACUAAUACGGAUGUGUUCAUAGCCAUGGAGUUAAUGGGGACAUGCGCAGAAAAGCUAAAGAAGAGGAUCCAAGGGCCCAUACCAGAGGCUAUUCUGGGAAAGAUGACUGUGGCUAUCGUGAACGCUCUGCUGUACCUAAAAGAGAAACACGGUGUGAUUCAUCGAGACGUGAAGCCUUCAAAUAUCUUGUUGGAUGACAAAGGCCAAAUCAAACUGUGUGAUUUUGGCAUUAGCGGGCGAUUGGUGGAUUCUAAAGCCAAGACUCGCAGUGCCGGGUGUGCUGCGUACAUGGCGCCUGAGAGAAUAGACCCUCCAGACCCCAGUAAGCCAGACUAUGACAUCAGAGCUGACGUCUGGAGUCUCGGUAUUUCUCUGGUGGAGCUAGCCACUGGACAGUUUCCUUAUAAGAACUGCAAGACAGACUUUGAGGUUCUGACCAAAGUUCUUCAAGAGGACCCACCGGUCCUUCCUCUUGGCAUGGGCUUUUCUCCAGACUUUCAGUCCUUCGUUAAAGACUGUCUCACAAAGGAUCACAGAAAAAGGCCAAAAUACCACAAGCUGCUUGAACACAGUUUUAUCAGACGCUAUGAGGUAUCGGAAGUAGACGUGGCGGGCUGGUUCCAGACGGUGAUGGAGCGCACCGAGUCUCCACGCAGCAGCCAGUGCUUCAGUCAUCACCAGCUUCACUCUCUCUUCAGCAGGUAGCCAGACGGAGAGAGACAGAGAGAGAAUGAUGCAAUAUUGCGAGGUUGAUUUAGAGACAUGGACGGACAGGUUAUAAAUGUAAAUUUCGGAAUGGAAGGAGCAUUGAAAAUGGACAGAUUGUAAAAGACGAAAUCACUGAAACGAAAGAAUGUUCGUUUGGGAGUUUGACCGAUCGACAGACAAUCCUGAGCAGGUUCCAUGUAAAUUUGAAAUCCGUUCGUGUUUCGUCGUCCUCCUCAUCCACCCAUCGAACAGGAUGGAACGUUACAGGUCGCAGUUACUCACACACUCACUGUGACACGCACACACAUAUGCACGUUUACAGUUAAGCACUGGUUCACUAAACCUACAAGCAUUUACCGCUGUACUACGUUUAGUAUUCCUCACUGCACACGAUAUGAUUUCUUUACGUCUGCACAGAGGAUCCGCUUAAUCCGUUCCCUUCACUUUAAUAUCAGCACGUUAUAAAGUCCUCCGUAGCCCCUUACUCAGGGACUGAACAGAGUAGUCGAACAACACUGUGCAAUGGUGUGAGUGUGUGCGUGUUUGUGUGUGUGUGUGUUAUCCGUUUAUCUGUCCUGUCUCUCAGUAUGUGGCGCGUCUUCACAUUUCUAUAUAUAUAUACACUCAUGAUAUGUUUUAUAGAAUUGUUGUUUUCGUGCUAGAAAGCGGUGUCAGAUAUUUCACUAACAGUGUCAAGUAUUUAAAAAAUGAGUGAUUUUUAGAGGCAGAAUGUUUAUUUUUUAUUUUUAGAGUAGCUACUAAAAUAAGUUUGGUCUGGAAUUAUCUUUAGCAAGAUAGAUUUCCUAGAUAAGAUAGUAAUAUGAAGAUGAAUGCAUAUAAAGAUAAUACUAGUGGUCGACUGAUAUAUUUAUACAUGGAGCAGGUUUGCCACUGGCUGAUACUAUGUUGAUUGUAGAUAAUCAUUUAAAGGGGACAGAGAAUGAAAAAACAUUUUUACCUUGUCUUUGUUGAAUAAUGGUAGUCUACCCACAUUCACGAACAUACAAAAAGUGCUAGACAUGCUAAACAUCUCAGUCUCAUAGAAAUUCCUCUUUUAGAAAUGUCAGCCAGAAAACGGCCCAAUCUGAAAAACUGAUGCUUAUGACAUCACAGGCAUCUAACUGCCCCUCCACUUUAAAAUAAUUGGCUACAUUUUUUGAGUGGCAGCAAAGUCAGCCAAUCAGUAAUGAGAUUGCAAGUUAAGCCAGUAGGGGGAGCCAAAUAGGUGCAAAACCACUUGUUUAAAAUCCCCCACCCUAAUAGAGCUAUCUGAGAGAGGUUUUUAGGAAGCUUCUAAGGCAUUACAGACUCAAACAAAAAUUUUUUGUCUACAUGUCACAUCACAGAACAAGGAUAAAUACCCCGUUCAAUCAUUAUGUCACCUUUAAAUGUAUAAUGUGGGAUUUUAGCAGCAUCUAGUGGUUAGAUUGCGAAUUCCAACAGACCUUAAUUUCGAAACGCAAUGAAAAGUUACGGUAGAUGCCACAGAACAAACGUGUCGUCAUCUGAGACAACGUAGGGAUGAAACGCGCUCUGUAAGACAGUUUGUCCGUUUAGGGCUACUGUAGAAACAUGACCGCGACUUUCAUGUAAGGGGACCAGCAGUGUUUGUAGAUAAAAACGGCUCGUACUAAGGUAAUAAAAACAAACAGUUAAUUUUGUGAGAUUAACCACUGAUAAUAUAGUUUUUAAUAUAGUUUUAUAUUGCAUUUUUGUCAAGAGAUCCUUAUAAAAGUUACACAAUGCACCUUAAAGCUGCAAUAUGUAUUGUCGUUUUUUGCCAUCUCUGUUUGAAAUAUAAAAUUGCAAUUUAUUUGCAGUUUUCUUCUUUAUAUGUGUUAGGGUCAAAUGAUGUCAAAGUGACGUUACCUGCAAAAUGUAGCUCACAUUUUAAAAAAUAGAAUUUUUUUAGGUAUUUGUCCAAUAAUAUAUUGUUUAUUUUUAAUUGAUAAAGCUUCCUUUUUAAACUUAAUUAGUCAAUUUACAAGAUUUUCCUUUUUUUUUCCAAAUUAAUUUGCCCCUUUUUUCCACCCUUUUCCUUGCCCAAUAACUUUGUUUUUAACUAAAAAAGCUACAGUUUUCAGUUUUAAUAUUUCUGCGAGAUAAAGGUUACUUAAUUUGAAUAAAUUACUCAAAAUUCUUUAAAACAUAUUUAUAAACAAAAAAAAUUGCAAUGUCCAUUGACAAGAUUUUCCUUUUAUUAAUUUUCUAAAUUAUUUUGCCAA